CACUCGGUCCAACCAUCGGUCCUGAGCCGGUUAUUAAUACCCGGGAAAUAUUCUAGACAAAGUUUGGGUUAUCCGUACCGGAGUAAAAUCUACCUGAAUCACCUGUUGGAGCGGAGCUCUCCGUCAUCAGCCCAGUGAAACCAUGGAACCAACCAGUGCUCCGAAGGGAUGUGGUUCCAGUGUCAGCUCCGUGUAUUACAACCUGUGUGACCUGACCACACUGUGGGGGGUCGUGGUGGAGGCCGCUGCUGCUGCUGGCGUGGUGACUUCCUUUGUUCUGUUGGUCGCCCUCAUGGCCAGCUUACCGUUUGUCACAGACAAGAGGAGAAAGGGUAUGGUGGCCCUGCAGGCCGGCCUCCUGGUCUUCACGCUGGGACUCUUUGGACUCACCUUCGCCUUCAUUGUGGGUCGGUACUCAACCAGCUGUGCUGCACGGAGGUUCCUCUUUGGAGUACUGUUCUCGGGCUGUCUUGCCUGCCUGCUGAUGCACGGGUUGUGGCUCGCCCUGCUGCAGCGGAGGGGCCGGGGGCCCAGGAGCUGGAUGUUAUGCCUGGGAGCCCUGGGUCUGUGGAUGGUCGAGGUGAUCAUCAACACUGAGUGGCUCAUCAUCACCAGGAGCCCACCCACAGGUGUCGUCACCUCCGACCCGUCCUGCCGCAUUGCUAACGGGGACUUUGUGAUGGCACUGAUCUAUGUGAUGGUUCUGCUGCUCGCCGUGGUGGGGAUGGCCGUGCCCUCACUGACGCAUAAGCACAAGCAGUGGCGGCGAGAUGGAGCCUUCAUCCUGGUCUCGGGGCUCUUCACCGUGGCUAUCUGGGUCGCUUGGAUCGUCAUGUACAUCCAUGGGAACAAAGUGGUCGGGAAUCCCAGCUGGGACGACCCGACUCUGGCCAUAGCCGUGGUGUCAAAUGCCUGGGUGUUCCUCUUCCUCUACGCCAUCCCAGAAAUCUGCUUACUGACCCAAGAGGACCCAGACCAGGAGCAGCCAGUCGAUGGAGAUCAUGUUUAUCCCCCCAGGAGCCUGGUUUAUGACAGCAUCUGUAAGGUGGCAGAGCCGACGCCACCCCACCAGAACGUGGACAUGGAGAAUAAAGCCUUCACUAUGGACGAGCCUCCAGCGGUACCCACAAAACCAGUGUCCCCAUACGGUGCCUAUAAUGGUCAGCUACGAAGUUGUGUGUACCAGCCCACUGAAAUAGCCCUGAUCGCCAAGGGUCUGACGAAGAUGGACCAGGACGCCAUGCUGCCUCGAGGCCGAGGCCCCUCCACGCCUCGGUCAGCAGAGUCCUCGGCGCCUUAAGGACCGUCACAAGGCUCCGAUAUAUCUCCACCGGGGGUUUGUUCUCCCCUCGGCAUUUCUUGUAUCAAAUGUAACGUAGCCUCCUUUUUCCGUCCUGAGCAAGAAGCUUUACUUACUAACCAGUGUGGUGAACUAUCUCCUCUGGCUGACCUUUCAUCUUGUACUUCAUUUCCUCUGAUGUCCGUUCCCUGCUCGUCUGUUUUGUGUGGGCUGAGUGUCAUUUAGAAAAGAUUAGAAAAGACACGAACAAUAUCGGAGAAGGAUGGCAUGGAGGCUGUUGUGGCCUCAAUGAGCUCUUCCAUUGAACGUCCAUUCUCACUUUAACAAGUGCCCUAAACCUUCUGACUGCCAACUCAAACCAGCGUUGUUGUCCUAUAGCCUCACUCAAAAACACAAUCAAGAGAAAGAGUGGUGUUUUCUGAUUUGUCGAUGGGAAAGUAAACACUUCACAGUUUAGGGAGCAACAAUUGUUCCGUCACUGCUUUUUACGUUCCUAAAAAUGGGAAAAAUUUACACAUGUUCAUGUGAUAACUGACUGACAGCAGGUUGAUGGUGGAGAAACGAGACACGGACUAGGUGCACUGAGUUUGAACACGUUAGUUUUUAUUCACAAACGCUUAAAGUUGUUGUUCACCAAUAUAAUGCUUUUUCUUGUCACAAUUUGACCGACUGUAAUUUUCUUAUCUGUUGUAAACUACUUUAAAUCACAUCAUAAUGUCAAAAUAAAGAGACUACCUAUAAAAUACAUUUCUUUUAGUGCAUUGAAUUGAUCAAAUAAAUGUAUUUAAAAGUG